GACAGCCAGGAAGUCCAAGCCACAGUGAUCCUGCCAAGAAUCCACCAGUGUACCUUGAGGACAGUUUUGUAAAAUCCGGAGUGUUCAAUGUGUCAGAACUUGUGAGGGUGUCCAGAACACCCAUAACACAGGGAACUGGAGUGAACUUCCCAAUUGGAGAGCUUCCGAGCCAGCCAUAUUACCAUGAUAUGAAUUCGGGUGUAAAUCUACAGAGGUCCUUGUCCUCUCCACCAAGCAGCAAAAGACCCAAAACUAUCUCCAUAGAUGAAAAUAUGGAGCCAAGCCCGACAGGAGACUUUUAUCCUUCUCCAAAUUCACCGGCUGCGGGGAGUCGGACAUGGCAUGAAAGAGAUCAGGAUAUGUCUUCUCCUACAAUGAAGAAACCUGAAAAGCCUUUGUUUAGUCCUACUUCUCCCCAGGAUUCUUCACCAAGACUGAGCACUUUUCCCCAGCAUCACCACCCAGGAAUCCCAGGAGUUGCACACAGUGUCAUCUCAACUAGAACUCCACCUCCACCCUCACCGUUGCCAUUUCCAGCACAAGCUAUUCUCCCUCCUGCCCCGUCUAGCUACUUCUCUCAUCCAACGAUCAGAUAUCCUCCCCACCUGAAUCCUCAGGAUACUCUGAAGAAUUAUGUACCUUCUUACGACCCGUCCAGCCCGCAGACUAGCCAG